AUGGGUGUCGAAUCCUCUACCCACCAUGGGGAGUCCAUCACCCAGGCUCAACAGCCAACCCUCGAUACCUCCUCCCACAAUAGCCCCAUUCAAAAACCCAUGCGCCCCGUGGGCGUCGAUACCCCGAUCCCUCGGAUCACCAUGCGUUCCUUGGUGAUGGCCCUUUUCGUCUCGAUGGGUGGUCUCCUGUUUGGAUAUGACACUGGUCAGAUCUCCGGCUUCCAGGAAAUGAGCAACUACCUGGAGCGGUACGGUCAGCUUGGCGCCGACGGCUCAUACUCUUUCAGCGCUACGCGGUCUGGUUUGAUCGUCGGUCUGCUCUCUAUUGGUACUAUGAUCGGUGCCCUAGUCGGUGCUCCCGUUGCUGAUAAGCUCGGCCGCAAGUGGUCUAUCACCUUUUGGUGUAUGGUUCUCAACAUUGGAUUGAUUGUUCAAAUCGCCUCUCCGGAUGGCCACUGGUACCAAAUGGUCGUCGGCCGUUGGGUCACUGGUCUUGGCGUCGGAGGCUGCUCCCUUCUCGUGCCUAUGUACCAGGGUGAAAGUGCUCCCCGUCAUAUCCGUGGUGCUAUGAUCAGUUGCUACCAACUGUUUGUUACCCUUGGAAUCUUCCUGGCCUAUUGCAUCAACUUGGGUACCCACACAAUGGACGGCACUGGUCAGUGGCGCAUCACCCUCGGUCUCACCUUCCUCUUCGCGUUGGUCCUUGGCGGUGGUAUGGUCUUCUUCCCCGAAAGUCCUCGCUACGAGUUCCGUCACGGAAAGGUGGAAAGCGCCCAGCGUACCCUAGCAAAGCUCUAUGGUAUUCCAGAGAAUCACGUCCGGAUCAUGGAAGAAAUGGACGAGAUUCGCGAACAGUUUGAAGCCGAGUCUGAUGACCAGAAAUGGCAUGAGUUCAUCACUGCUCCCCGCAUGUUCUAUCGUAUUGCUCUUGGCAUGGUCCUUCAAUCGCUGCAGCAGCUCAGUGGUGCUAACUAUUUCUUCUACUAUGGUACAACUAUUUUCGAAGGCGCUGGCAUCUCAGACAGCUUCAUUACUCAGGUCAUCCUUGGUGCUGUGAACUUUGGAACUACAUUUGGUGGUUUGUAUGUCGUUGAAAACUUUGGCCGACGCAAGUCUCUUAUUUUUGGAGCCGGCUGGAUGUUUGUCAUGUUCAUGAUCUUCGCAUCAAUUGGUCAUUUCGUGCUGGACGUGGAAACCCCUACCAACACUCCUAAUGCUGGCAAGGGAAUGAUUGUGGUCGCAUGUCUGUUUAUCGCAGCAUAUGCCAUGACCUGGGGCCCUAUGGUCUGGGCUAUUGUGGCUGAGCUAUUCCCAUCCAAGUACCGUGCCAAGGGUAUGGCUCUCGCCACUGCAACCAACUGGCUGUGGAACUUCCUGAUCAGUUUCUUCACCACCUUUAUCACAAAAGACAUCGACUUUGCGUACGGCUAUGUCUUUGCUGGUUGUCUCUUCUUCGCCACUCUGAUCGUUUAUUUCUUUGUGAUUGAAGGAAAGGGUCGCACACUGGAGGAACUUGAUUGGAUGUAUGUCAACAAGGUUGUCCCCUGGAAGAGCAGCAGCUAUGAGAUUCCUCAGCGCCAGGAGUGGGCCGCCGACGAGAGCCCUUAUGGGCGUAAGGAGGAGCAGAUGUACCACGCAGAGAACGCCUGA